GACUUUUGGAAAACCCUUUUUCAAUGUCUAAAAUUCUAAAGGAAUCUUGCGGCCGCCACCGCUAGCUUAAAAAUAAAAAGCGGCCAAGUGCGAGUUGGACUCGCCCAUGAAGGGUUCCGUACCAUUUAUGACGUAUUAAAAAAAACUACUUACUAGAUCUAGUUCAAACCAAUUUCGGUGGAAGUUUGCAUGGUAAUGUAUGUCAUAUAUAUAUUUAUUGAUUUUUCAUUCUGUUAUUUUAGAAGUUACAGGGGGGGACACAUUUUUUCACUUUGGAAGUGUCUCUCGCGCAAACUAUGCAGUUUAGAAAAAAAUGAUAUUAGAAACCUAAAUAUCAUUUUUGAAGACCUAUUUUAGUUACCCCACACGUAUGGGUUAGAUGAAAAAAGAUUUUUUGAGUUUCAGUUCUAAGUAUGGGGAACCCCCAAAAUUUAUUGUUUUUUUUUUUCUAUUUUUGUGUAAAAAUCUUAAUGCGGUUCAUAGAAUACAUCUACUUACCAAGUUUGAACAGUAUAGCUCUUAUAGUUUCGGAAAAAAGUGGCUGUGACAUAAACGGACAGACAGACGGACAGGACGAAUCUAUAAGGGUUCCGUUUUUGCCAUUUGGCUACGGAACCCUAAAAAUGAAAUGAUAAUGAAAAAUGUUGAUAUUCGUAUUUUGAUUUAAGGGGUUAUUAGAUUUAUCCGUUCGCCGGACACUUUCUGCUGAGAGUAUGUCUGUCUGGGAGUUAUUUCCCUGUCGCUCUUAGUCAAGAUAGCAAAAAGUAGGUCUUUAAAACUAUGAAGAUACAGAUUAGACUCUGUGAAUAUGUAGUAAUGCCAACCUUAAUGUUUCUACAAAAUAUAUCUACUUCACAACAUAUAUAUGUUCAUAUGAGUCAGUAAAUAAAAUAAUAUCAAAAUUUUGCAUGUAGGUAAAAAAAUAUUAAAGGUUACUCGGCGAUAUUAAUAGAUCAUAAAUCUGUCGCAUGAAAAUAAUGCAUUUGGCGCGCAACCCACAGCCUACGCAAUCGCUCAUGCGUCUGGCUUAACGAGGCGCCGAGCACAACUCGCAGGAAGCGACCUGAAUUCUCCAAACAUAUUGUCUAGACCGCCGGAGAGCGUAACUUGACCCCAAAAUUUUAGACUUCGUAAGGUCAGCUGAGAUGUGACAAAAUGUUUAAGGGUGGAAGGUAUGCACACAGAGUCGGAACAAGCUAACUCUGAAGACUUGCAAUUACACAGUGUGGAGUGUCUCAACAAACGUCGGAUUUCUUUGAAAAUAUUUCAUUUAUAAUGGCAACAGCACUUCCACGUUCUUUUCUAUCAAAGUCGGUGCAAAGACUUUACACGGACUUUAGACUAUACCUACUCGUACUUUUAACGGAAAUUUAUAAAUUGCAUAGAAUGCGAAUUACAUGUUCUAAAUCACCUAAUCUUCUAUGCUGAUGUUGCCGUUGUGCCAUCACUAACGCCGUUUAUUUUGUGGGCCUAUAUUGCCGUGACUGUCUUCCGGAAAUAAAAUUGGUGACUGUUUUAUUGUGCCCAAUACCACUAUUAACCACCAACCCGCCUGUCACGACGUCGCGUGCCUGGACACGUAUUUUCAUAUUAUUAAUGGUUCGAUUUGACAAAUCUGCGCAUCAUCGCGAAUGACACGAACUAUAUAGCCUAUAAUUUUUACCCAAUAGUCUAUAUAUUUUAGGUUCCAUUAACCCUCAAUACAACAAGUAUUUUACUUUUUCUGGCUUUAUAUGUUGGCUCCGGCUCUGCGCUUGUCUCUGCACGCAUGCUAAGGUUUUUAUAUCUAAUGAUUAUAUCAUAAAUCAUAGCAACUAAAACAAAAGGAGACAAAAGAAAGUGUCGUAAAAACUUUUGCCACGAGCCACAAUUCCCAAACUGUUUAAAUUCAAGAUGAAAGGUCAGCGAUCAUUAACAGAUAUCUAAGGACGGGCCGUGUAGCGUUAGACUGCACGAUUGGCUCGAAUUCGUGUGCGUGACACCGCUACACUGGUCCCAUUCUUAUUGCCCAUAAGGCUCGUCCUUAGAUAUAUGUCAAUGUCAGCGAUUGAGGUGAGUACUCAAGCUUUGACAGCAAAGAUUGUUGUUGAUUAAGAUAUUGUCUUGACUUGAGCAUUUCUGCACAUAAACAGCAAAAGCAAAAAAAAGCGAUAAUCCGCAGCGCCAACGCCGAUGCAGCAUCAAGCGGUCGAUGAUAAAAAUCAUCUGUCACCAUGCCGAUUGCCGUCACGUUCGUUAGAACAAAGUAUGUGUAAGUGCGAAAGUGACAGGCAUAGUGACAAUGACAAGUGAUAAAAAUGCAACCAUAAUGCUGCCACCGCAGGACGCAUGUCUCUGCUACUGUCUUGUGCUAGGAGUAAGUAUGUAGUCGCGUAGAUCAAUUUGCAAAAUACCAUGGGUCGCUUUUAGGCGCUAUGACAAUUUGUCAAGAAGACCUGCCAAGGAUCUACACAGGCGCCUAUUGUUAGGACGAUGGAAAACGAGGAAGAAGAAGGACGAAUUUUUGCCAUCACUUGUUCUGUACUUAUGGUUGUGUAGAUUCCGUUCGAAUAUUUACAUAACACAUAAAUGUUCACGUCACGUGUAACCGUAUCGCGUCGCUUUCGUCGCUCAAUUAGGACACACUCACCGAAUAAACUAAUCCGAUCACGAACAAAAGCGAGAGACACUACCCGAAAACAAUUGCCAGUGCCAGUUCUCUAAAAGCUUUUUCGCUACAAAACCGAAUUCGGUCUCGAAAACUUCAAGCGAUUUGAAAGAUACGAGUACAAGUGAUAGCAGUUUAUUAAAAAAAUUGAAAGGAGCGCUUGCGCGUAGUCGUCCUGUGGUUGGGUUUAGGGGGCGAAUUUUAGUCGUGUUCGUGAAUCCGGAGAGACUGCUCAGCCUCCCUGUACCUAACCGGCUCCCGGCCGCCGCGUGAACUUUUUUGUAGUGUGUGAAACUUGAGAAUUCUUUUUAGUUCUUUUUACGUUCACUAUACUAAUUAUACGUUCAAUGUUAAUUCACUUAUUUUAAAGCGUUCAAUAUGGACAGAAAUUUUUUAAUUUUUGCCGCGUUACUUAGUUGCGGUGUCGACGCAAAAGAGCCCAGGUUCGUGGACGCGGGAUCCAACGUGACGGUGGUGGUGGGCCGCGACACCACGCUCACAUGCCGGGUGGAGGACUUAAACGAUUAUAAGGUGGCCUGGCUGCGCGUAGACACCCAGACCAUCCUCACAAUCGGUCCACAUGUCAUAACCAAGAACCACCGCGUGGGCGUCGCGCGCGGCUCGGCGCAGGCUUGGGCGCUGACGCUGCGCGACGUGCGGCCAGCAGAUGGCGGCGCGUACAUGUGCCAGGUCAACACCGAGCCUAUGAUCACGCAGACGCACCAGCUGCAGGUUGUCGUACCUCCGGAUAUCGUUGAUAGCGGCAGCAGCGGAGAGGUGAUGGUACGCGAAGGCGAGAACGUGUCCAUACACUGUGCAGCCUCGGGGGUUCCACCCCCCACCAUCAUGUGGAGGAGAGAAGACGCGGGGAUCAUGAGGAUUGGGAAUCAGAGCGUGAGCAAAUGGAGUGGCGUCUGGUUGAACCUCACGGCUGUCGAGAGGGCCAUGAGCGGCGCCUUGCUCUGCAUCGCGAGCAACGGAGUGCCGCCUUCUGUCAGCAAGCGGAUACCCCUGCGUGUGUUGUGCAAGCCGUCUGCUGUAGUGACGCAGAAAAUGAUAGGGGGCUAUUUGGGACAAUCGGUAUUGCUACAGUGCAAAAUAGAGGCGUACCCUACACCGAGUGUCUACUGGACACACAUCAACAUCAACAGGAUACAAAACGGUUCGAAGUAUCAGACGCUCAUAAAAUCCAACAGCUAUAAGCACACAGCCGUGCUGAAGAUAGACGACGUGUCGCGGGACGACAUUGGCGCAUACCAGUGCGUCGCUGAAAAUGUGCUCGGUACGGCGCGGGACGACAUCACGCUGUACACUCUCGCCACAACAACCACGAGUACCACGACGGUGACUACCACAAGGCCGACCACAGUUGUGACGGAACCUGCUUCCACGCAACCAUAUAUAGAGUUAGAUACGAGUUUGGAGGAGGACGUGAAGGACGUGUCUGACGAUUACGUGGUUGUGCUGAGUCAACAUCAAAUGCAAAAUUUAGAAUUAUCGCCAAGUUUGUGACCAGAGAAAAGUCCAGAGCGCUGGCCACUGUGGUCUGCCGCGCCCAAAGUGUCGCCUUGCUUGGACUUACUAUACAUAAUUAUAAUUGCGUUCGCAUAUUGAAGCAACGAGAUCAGUUGUAUUAAACAAUUACAUGGUGUAUAUAGCAUACAGAGCUUAAUAGUAUUUAGAAUAAUUCCACUUGACAUCGAAUAAUUUUAAUAAUGCAAAUUACUGUAUAUAUAAUCAUAAGAUACAGGAUAAACCGUCUAAUCAGUACCAUUUAUUACUACUAUUAGUUGGAAUAGUUGGUACUGUUGUUUUAGCUCAUUGUAAUCUAUCAUAUUGUCAUUGUUUUCUAUAGAAAACCUUGAUCCUACUUCUUUAGUUUGUUCUAAAUUUAAUAUGUUGAAAUAGGUACGUGUAAGUGUGAGGCCUGAGUGAACGCCCGAAGUGGAGCGUUCGGCGGGGCGUGCAGCGUGGCGUCGCGUCGGGCUCACAAGUGAUUUGAGCAGCGUGCACUAAGGCCGCUCUUAUAUACGUUUGCAUUUGUUUAACAUGCACGCCGCACGCCCUGCCCCGCUGCACGCUCAACUCGAGCGUCCACUCAGCAGGCCUUACAUUAAGUAUAAUCGAUCGAUUUAAAUACGUUGAGCCUAUUGGAAAAAUAUCUCCCGAAACAUUAUUAUUUUAAAAUGCAAUGUUUAUGUCCAGCUUUUCACUUUUGCGCGAUUAUGAUACAUCCUGUAUGUAAUUCAUAUCGUUUAGUAAGAUCUUACAUCUUCUAGCCUCGGAUUACAGGAAAGCAUUUAAAUUAAUAUAGCAACCAAUCGUACCAAUACAGUAGGCGUUCGGUAUUCCGGCGCUCCGAUCCGGCACGCCCAGUAAGUCGGCAAUUAGCGACUCAGAUGACCCGUUCUAUAAUACGGCAGUAUACACAGCGGUAGGCCGGAUUACAGAGCGGUUGCUUUUGAUAUAUAGAUUUUAUUUUCUAUAUAAAGCUUUUUAUUUCCCAUACAAAUCCGGAUCACCGAGCCCCUGCCGUAUUCUGAAUUCUUGUGAAACUAUUGUAUUUAACUAAUGCGUUCAAUAUGUUGAUAAUUUAGUUUUAAGUUGAUGAUCGAAAUUACUGCUUAAAGUUUUACCGUUUAAUGUAGGUAGUAUGAUACGUAAAUAUAAUACGCCCCCACACUAUUCAAAACAAUCCUAAAUUCACCAAGUUUGUCAUGAAUUAAUUACUAACACGGGCAUUUCACUGCACAAUUUUAAUAAAGAAGAGGUCAAUUUAUACUCGCUGGAUGUUCCAUCUAAGGUAUUCCGUUGAAGCUCGAUAAUAUGACCAUCGACAUAGAAUUCACAUCGCAGUGCUAUUGCUUGGUGAUUAUCUUGAAACUAAAUCAACAGUUGCGCUCUCCUUCUUAUUUCAAGAAACAACAGAAAGAUACGACAAUUCUUCCGUUACGUCAUAUCUUUAGCUUAGACGAGAUAUCCAGUGUGAAUGUGAAUAAAAGGUCCUUGCCACGAGACUUGCGGGAGAUUGGCGGUGUCACGUGUCAAUUGUGACAUAAUUGAUAUGUUGAUCAAUAAGGACCUAUAUAAGAUCAGUAUGGCCUAGUUACGGCACGCAUGUGAAAGAUAAGAUAGUGACGGCUAAAAGUUGUCAAAUUAUCGGAACACAUCCUUAUUUCUAUCGUAACAAAGAUGUGUUACGAUUUACAAUAUAUUUGUUGUACUUUGGAUACUCUACUAUACACCGUGUUUUUUUUAUUACCAUUAAUUUCAAGGGUGCAUUCCAGAGCUUAAAUUAAGUAACUUUCUCAAAGACACCUGUAUUUUAAUUAACUCAAUUUCUGAGAUAAUUAAUAAUUUAUUUUUAUCUGAUAAGGCCCUUAAGAGUGUGUACGCUUGCCUUAGGGCCUGUUUAUAUAUUGAUUAGUGUUUAGUACGAGUUUGUACAUUUUCUACGAAACGUAAGUAAUAUCUCGGACGAUCGAUAUUCGAAAUCACGUUGAUAUGUCACAGUUCUCAAUUAUUUGGUUGAGUUAAAAGUAAUGCUAUAUGCAACAUUUAAUUACUUUUCAUAAAAAUAAAAAGUAAAUAAAAAUAAUAAUUUUAGAAAAAUAACAAUGCUAUUUAGUUUCCUUAAACGUACUUACCUAUACCCCGUAGUUAACAGAAUUCAAUAAAAACACGGUGUAUAUAUAUAUAAAUAUAUACCUAUAUGCUGACUGUGCUUACUACUGUUAUCUAGAGUACAAUCAUUAAGUAAGCAAAUCAAUAAACCUAAUGUAUUCACCACAUUUUAUUAAAUAAAAUCAUUUCAAUUGAAUAUUGUAUACAAAUCCUUUCCAUUCAGAUUUAUUUUCUUAAAGCAAAUAUACAAGGGGCAUCGACUUUCAUAAAAGGGAUUCAAUUACAAAAAACAUCGUAAAAUAUUCUUGAAACGAUUUUCUCCAAAUGGAAGGUUAAUGGAUCUGGAGCUCGCAGCUACAUAGCGACACUCUAUGUAUUAUAAGACUUAAAUAAAUAGCGUUAUAUAAAAAUGUUACUGAUUUUAUUUAAAACCUUUGAACCUUUUGAGCGCUAAGAACGCUUAUAGGUAACUGUUACGAGGGAAGAAUAGCUUUGCGAUCCUAACGAAAUAACGGUACUUUUUCAAUGAAAUUCCAUUUCUGAAGAAAACGGUUUCCACUAACUAAAUCUUAACAAAUCACUUUGAUUUUGAUGGUGAUUGCUUCAGCGUAAUAUAUUCUACAUAAAUAUUUCGAAGUGGAAAAACAUUUUCUUUUUUCUAUGGACGUGUACGUGCUAUAUUAGGUACUUUCUCCUAAAAAAGUAAGUACGCUGACAAACUAAUGUACCUUACGUACGCACUAUAAAAAGGUUCAUAUU